AUGAAGGUUAAUACACUACAAAGAAAAGCAUCCGAACAACAAAUUUGUGUCUAUUCCCAACGACCCCUUCGUGAUCAUUGGAGCUGCAAUCUUCUCCCCUUUCCCCAGGACUCAACAUCAUUAGUUGGCACCCUUGGAGAAGCAGUAUGGAAAUUUGGAAUUUACACAAUAUUUGAGAGGUGUUUCUGUUGCACUUCCUGUUUACGUUGCAACACAAAUGGUUCAUUAUUUUAUAGCAUACAACAUAUUUGACAAUUAUGCAUUUGUAAAUGGGCGAAUGUACUAUACUUUCACAAAAAGACGACACCUUCCGACCCCCGCAACGCGGGGGACACCUUUCUAGUUUUAAUCAUAAAUAUAUAAAUUAUGUAAAGUACAUAUAUUAAUUUACUUGUUUUUUUUCUAAAAGUUGCAUCAAAAGAUAUAACUUCUCCAAACUCUACAUAAAAAACAUUUUCUCUUUCAUCUGCCCAAAACAUAGCAGCCAACUAAUCUCCAUCACGUAGGAACUCAAAUGAAUAAUUUGGGUAAUGAUCUCUACGAUCUUUCAUUUUGUUUAUCAUUAUUUGAGCAUCCUUGUAACAUAAGAUUCUAUUUACUCAUCUCCUCAAGUUUUUGUAGUCUGUUACCUUCGCCCCUACAUAUUCAUAUCCUCCUUUCAAAACUGCUCGUAUUUGUGAGCUAUCGUUGGACCAAUUUUAGCUUUUGAUGCGCAUACUACAAACUCUUUUUCAGAAUAUGACAUCUUUCUUGCUUUUUUCAUAUAAGUUUUAUCCUCAAUACUUUCCAGUGGGUGGUUGUGCAAUUCAAAGAAUUGCUUAACUUUGUAAUUUGUUGUUCCAUAAAUAUUUUCAAAUAUAAUCUUUGUUGUACACCUAGUAAUUAUCUUGUUCGAAUUUGGUUUCCUCUUGACAGAACUUGUAGCCAAUGUAUCACAAGGUUUUGGUUUAUCCUUGCCACCCAUAUUGCAUAUAACAUAUUUGUUUUUUUUAUUAUUUGGCUAUUUGUAUUUUGAUUGGCUACUUGUAUGAAAACCAUCCAUUUCUGCAUAAUCAGUAUACAUUUUUACUGUCAAAUUUAGUGAUUAGAAAACGAUGUUUACAACUGGUACAAAUUCUGGAGGGGCG